CUCCCCUGACAGCUCCAUGCUGUUCCCUCAGCCCUGCUGCACAGACAGCAGAGCUCAGCGCUGCCCUCCGCUCCCUGGGAGAGCGGCAGCUGCCAUCGGGCCUCCCCUCAGCUCCUCUGCGCUGAGCAAACGAAGAUGAAGCAAUGCAAUUUGGUUGCUGCAGGGUCUCUCCUUGUGCCCUGAGCCAUCUCUGGUGCUGGCAGGACCUUCCUGGCCCUUCAGUGUCACUUGAGCUCUCCUGCACCACCAAAGGGGUUUUGCAUGGUAAUGACUUUUGCAUUAUCGUGGGCCUUCUCUUAACUUUGGAGAAGUAUUGUGUUGUACUUCAAGGCCAUGGUGCAGGGAGCGCAUGGCUCAUCCUGACUUUACUUGACAUCUGUCUGCUGUGUUCCCUUUAAUGGGAGAGAAACAAAACAGCCUUGCUGUGUCAGACAGAAAGCCUUGCCUUCAUAGGAUCGUGGAAUCACAGAAUCAUCUGGCUUGGGUAAGAUCUUCAAGAUGACCAAGUCCAGCUGUCCAUCAGACCUACCGCAUCCCAUCUCUUAACCAUGUUCCUUAGUGCCACAUCCACACAUGUCUUAAACAACUCUAGGGAGGGAGACUUGCCGCUUUCCUGGAAGCCUGUUCCAAUUUGUAAUGACGCCCAAAUUAAGCCUCCCCUGGCACAAUUUGAGACCAUUUCUUCUCAUCACUUGGGGCAAGAGACUGAUGUUCUCCUUGCUGCAGCCUCCUUUCAGGCAGUUGUAGAGCAGUGACUUCUGCUGUUCCUUCUCCAGACCGAACAGCCCCGCUUCCCUCAGCCGCUGCCCAUCACACUUGUGCUCCUGACCCCUCACAGCUCUGCUGCCCUUCUCUGCACACACUGCAGGCCCUCAGUGCCUUUCUUGCAGCAAAGAGCCCAGCACUGAGCGCAGCACCGAGGUGUGGCCUCCCCAGUGCCAGUGCAGAGGGACGGUCACCUUUCUAGUCUUAUUAGCCAUGCUAUUUCUGAUGCAGGCUUCUUGACCACCUGGGCACUCUGCUGGCUCCUGUUCAACCCAUCCGGACCAGCUGUGUCUCCAACCUGCUGCACGCUGCUGGUAGCACGCGUCAGCCAUAAAUCAGCGUUCCUGAGGAGGCCAGGGAAUUGCUGGAGGGCUCCGAGAGCGCCUGGGAGAGUCAGUUGGCAGCACCAGUGGGUGCAGUGAGCUCAGCGCUGGUGCUGAGUCACCCUCAAAGCAUGUGUGCUCCUCACUGGGCUUGGCAACCCAGCCGACACAAGGUCUGCGCGGGAGCCUUUGGCUGACGGGCCGUUAAGGAGGGUUUAAUUGAGCCAGCAGGAUUUCCAGCUCCAACCGCCAGGCUUGCGGCCUUCUCCUCUUGCUUGCUGCUCUGUCUCGAGGGCUUGGUGGUAUUGGCUCUGGCUUUAGCUUGAAGGUUGGGCAGCACCUGAUGUACUUCUCCGCAGUGAUCCUCUGCAUUGCAGGGGCAGUGGGCUCGGAGAUUUGUGCCUCUUGUUGCGAGAAGGCUAGCUGGGCUUGGGUGGCUGUGGGCCACCACACAGCCCUGUGCACUGCAUCCUUUCCCCGGGGCUGCUCCCACCAGAGAUGCCCACACAUCCUCUUGUGACAGCUUCCAGGAGCAUGGGCACAGCCCUGUGUGCUGGGCAUGGUUCAGAGCGGUGUCAGCCUGCCCUCCAGAUGGCUGGGGAGUUGUUCUGACCAAGGCCAGCUGUGCUGGUUCAGCAGCCCUAGCAAGUUGUGGGAGCCACCAUAGCUGCUGGGAUUCCCUGGCCCAGUCUAGCAUCCCCACUGCAGGAGCAAGGUGCUGGGCAUCCACCAUCAAACCAAGACUGCUAAUGAAUCCCUUGGCCUUGGUGACCACCUGCUUAGCAUGCAGGCUGUCCCACCAGACUGGGAGCAGCCCUGCUCUUUCUGAGAGUGAGGAGGAGCCUUCCAGAACAGCCCCAUCAUUCCAUGGGUUCGGAGCGGUGAUCCUGGUGCUGUUCUGGACCUCGCUCUCCACCACCACCCUGUCCUCAGCCAUGUCGCUUUGGGUAGCUCUGCUUUUAUCCUGCUGCCUGGAGGCCAUGCAGGUAAGCUGGUCCUCAUGCAGAACCUUUCUCUGGGUUGAUACUGGGAUGUUCUCCCACAGUGAAUGUUUGAGCAGCUCCUGUUCCUGCUUCUGAACUGUGUGGGGUGGACCGCUCCCCUUCCCACGGCCAGCUGCCCCCAGCACAGUGCUGUGAGCACUGCCUCUAUGUUCACUCCUUGACUGAUUUACAGCUCUUGACCCCCUGGUGGCUUUGUUCUGCUUUCGUGCAAUAACUGCUCAGAAAUGUGGCUGUGCCAUUCCCAAGGACGGGCCCUGGAAAGGCAGGGAGAGUUGCUGGCCACGGGGAAGAGAAUCCCUGCAGCUCCCAGUCUCUCUGAACAGUGCUGGGAGGCUAAUGGGAAUUGCACUACAUGAUAGUUUAUAGGGUUUUUUCUGCUUUUUUUUUUUUUUCCAUAAUUCUCAAGCUUGAUUUGAAGGGCUGAGUUGGAUUGUUGGUGUUUGCCCUGUGUGUGGAGGUUGGUGGGGAGAGAUGCUGUGGUCCCCACCACAGAGCAGCUGAGGCUCGAUGUUCUGCUGGGAGCCAAGAUGCUCCCAAACAAGGGCCUGCAUCUGCCGUGCAUUGCAGGGCUCCUUCUGUGGGCCGUGAUGUUCUGUGGUGGCCUGGGUCUGGUGCAAAUGCAGUCUUGCAUUGUCACACAGGGAUGGAGGUGAGGACGGAGUGAUCCAGCUCUGCAGUUUUCAUCUGGGACCCAGGCCAAACUGUGGGAUGUACUGUGAGAUGAGCAGAUGCUUCCAGCUGUUAGAAGAUUGGGAUGCCUCCGUGUGUACUUUGAACUUGGGUUGCUUUCCCUCUGGAUCAGUAAAUCCCACUUGGAAGACUGCAUAUCUGGGUGCUUUGCAACAGGGCUCUUGGAAGAAUUCCUGGUCCCUUUUGGUUGCCAGGUGUGUGGCAUGGCCAAAGGGACAAUGAGAGAGUGUUUUCCUGCGUCCCUCAUCUUGGCCUGCCCUUGGAGCUCCUGGUGCUGGAAGCCAGAGCCGCUCUAGCACAGCAUCUCUUGGAAAUGUGGGAUUGGACCCGGCCAGCUGUGCUGGUGACUCACGUAGGCAUAAUCUUUUUCCCAGGCACGAGGCAAGAUUUUCUUUUUACUUUAACUAGAGUGGGACACAUUGUGGUUUUAAAAGGCUAACAUGAUGGGUGCCCAAAAGUUUUCCAGAUGUUGAGCUUGCUCAGACCAGACCCGCCAUGCUCGAAGCUCCUUGCCUGCAUCAAACCAUUUCCAUCUGGCCUGGCGGGGGAGAGGGGUUUAUUGCAACUCGACCCAUUUGAGAGGCUUUCUCAACUGGAGCCUCUUGCAGAGAGGAACGUGCUGGCUGGAAAUCAUUUGGAGAUGCAAAUCUCUCUGGGUGUUUGGCUUGGCUGCUGUUUCUGCAGUAUCUGCUAAGCAGUGGAAUAGACUGUGCACGGAGCAGGCGCGCUCUGAGCGGCUGCUUUACAUGGCUGUAGGGACCAACCCACCAGGCAGUGGAGUUGCUUGUGUUAUUCAGCUGUAAUGAUUUUUUCUUGCCUUGCUGGUGCAAGUGAGUGUGCUGGCUCCAUGGUUGAGACCAAGAGGGGAUGAAAAGCUGCCCCGUGUGUCGUUCCGUGCCAAAAAUCUGCAUUUACAGGAGCGUGUUUGUAAUGAACUGUGCCAGGAAACACAUGGCUUGCUCGAGCCGUGAAUGGGAGGUCUGUACGGGGCCCUGCGCACACUGAGAGCCUCGCCAGGACAAAGAGCAGAUGCUGGCGUGCUGUUCUUGCUUGGUGGCAAGGCAUUGCUGGCAGGAAAGAAUGGCUGCUGGCAGUUUGGGGUGAUGGACCUCCAUGGGGGGGGGAGAGAGAAAAGGGUGGUUGUCCAUGUCUGGAUGGAGAUUAUUUGAUCCUGAGUUUGGGGCUCCCAUGCCUAUCCCACAUUGAAUUCCCUGGGGCAUGGGACUCAAGAGUGAGCCGCUCGGUGCUUUCUGCUGAGGUUGGGUGCUCUUUUCCUAUGAAGGCUGCCUAUGAGGGGUGCUGCCUGAUGGCUGAGCCAGCGGUGUGCCCUGGAGCCAGAAGGGACAGCCAUACCCUGGAGGCACCAGGCCCCAUGCUGCCAACAGGUGAGGGGCCUGGCUGUCCCCUCUGCUGUGUCCUGCACAGCCUCACCGCCAGCACUGCCUGCGGUCUGGGUGCCGCAGUACAAAAUAGACGUGCCCAGAAGUACCUCCUCUCUGCAGAAAAGUGCCCUUUGCGGUCACUGCAGGGUGCCCAGAUCUUUCUGCAGUGUUUGAGGUCCUCUCUGCCAGGCGGCCAUGCCCUGUGCCCUUGGAGGAGCUGGCUGGUUUUGCACCUGGCUCUUUCCAUUGCAUCCUGGUACCUUUGUUGUUGUUGUUGUUUUUGUUUUGGUUUGGUUUUUUGCCCUUUUCAGCUGAGCAGAUGCGGAGCUUCCUGCUGAUGGGAGAAGAUAGUUCCCUUCUGGGGAGGAUGCAUGCAGUGUGUAUGCCCUGGGUUUUGCUGCCCUGAGUGCUGCAGAUGUAUUGUAGUUCCUCUCAUCCACAUACCCAGUGUUAAAGGAGCUGGCUUGCACAUGUGGCAGGGCCAAGGCAGGGUGAACUUUGCAGAAUCACUCUGGCAGGCAAGGCUGCAGGAUAGCACUGCUGUGGCCUAGCUGCAAGCUGCAGAAGCCCCACAGACCUUUCCAAACCAGGAGACCUUAAAACCUUUUUCUAAUUUCUAUUCCCAUGCCUUUAGCAUGUUUGGUGGCUAGCAGCUUUGGGAUUACUCAUAUCCUUACGUCAGCCGUGGUGUCUCAAAAGCCAGCUAACCUAGGCUUUUGGGGGUCAAAAAGAAUAAUAUGAGUCCUUUCCUUAUUCCCUUGUGUCCUCAGCCCAGAGGUUGCCCAGCUCACUGAUGUCAGGGUAUGGGUGGCCCAUGGUGGGGAGGGGUGUGGAUGUCCCAAAGCGACGUGCAGCACCGCUGCCUGCUCCCAGCUCUGCUUCCCAGCGCGGCUGUAGGUGAGCUGCAGGCACGGCAGGGAUCAGGGCUGUGCAGCAGCUGAGGGCUUUGUGGUCGAGGCUGCAUUCCCCAGCGAUGUCGUUAGACAGAGAGACAAUGAUCUUUUCGGAUCGCUUCAAGAUGCGGGCCCGCCAGGCGGGGCAGGGAUUGUGCUGCCUGGCCUCCUCUGUUCGUGCAGAGCUGCAGCAGCCAGAUGGGCUUGGAGGAACUUGGGAGGAGGGUGUAGGGGCCAAGUCUUGGGGACAUCCCAAGCCCAAAAGGUGCAUUGAGAUCCGCUUGCUGGAAAUUCAAGCCAGAAAUGCAAAUGUUUGCGUGAGGGUUUUUUUCUGGGAAUCUGCCAUUUGCAACCUUAAAGCGAUGACAUUAAUUUUGAGCAGAGCGAUAACUCAGUACAUGAAGGGUGCUGUGUGCCUGGAUCUGGAUCCUUACUGUGAGAAUGCACUCGGAGCUGAGAUGUGGCGGAGCCUUCUCUUCUCUUCCCACUGGUGCCUGUCCCUCCCCUUUGUGCGGUCUGGGAAUGCCACCAGGGGACCCAAAGGUACCAGUGCUGCUUUCCUGCACCAUUCACUCAACCUCUGUCAGCUGCCUCACCUGGAAGCUUCCGCGGUUCCAUUAAAUAUGCCUUGGGUGAAACUGCGCUGAGUGUUUGCAAGCGUGCUGAGUUUAAAACCACGUUUAUCCAACUGGGCUGAAGCUUUCCUGAAGAGCUUUGUGCAACCACAGCUAAAACGAUUUUAGGCCAGAAACAUGUGUUGAGGGUUUCUUCCCCCAGCCGGGGAUGGUUUGUGUCACAUGCCUAUGCAGCUCACUGGUGCUUGCCAGCGCGCGCAUUUAGAAGAGCUGCUUGGCUGGGCCCAGCCACACCACGAGGGAAGGGCUCAGCUCUGCCUUGGGUUUGCUGAGCUGGCUUCCUGUGCACAUAGUAGAAGUGGUGUUGCAUGAGUAUUUUUUCAGGUGGUGAUGCUGCCCAGCCUGGAUUAGCUUGUGAAGUCGCGUGCUGUGAUGGAGACGUCUGAUCAGACAGAGCGGAGCCAGUUCUGCCCUCCCCCAGGUGCUGCAGGAGCUCUCAUCUGCCAGCUUGGGCCACUCUGGGGGACUCCAGCAGCUCAGCCCUAUGACCAAGGCUGUGCCACACAGCGAUGCUGAGGGCUCUGCUUCCCCUCUCCAAACACUGGGCUCUGCUUCUGUGAAUUGAGAGUGUCCAAUUCUGGGUUUCUGGUGUCUUCUACUUCCAAAUGGCUGUACCACAUCUAGCUGCUACCCUUAGAAUCAUUAAGAUUGGAAAAGGCGUCUACAGUCAGCUAGUCCAACUGUUGCCCAUAUCCAUGAUGGCUGCUAAACCACAUCUCAUGUUUCCUUACAGCCCAAAUCUCACUCAUUGGGUUCCAGCUUAUGCAGCCAGUGUUUCCACGGCACCUUGGAUGCCACUGUCAGAACACAACACAGGUCUCUGGCUCUUACUGCGCUUUGAUGCUUACUUAUCCUGGUUUGCUUUGGCACGCGUACGUGAUGAGGAUGUUCAUGGCACGGAUCUCACGUGGUCUGAGCUGGUUGUGUCCAUUUCUGAGGUUGGAAGACAAGAACACAAAUGCUUCCUCCUAAUCCACCAGGAGCCAGAUCCCAGUGCCUCCUGAUGCCUUAUGAAAUCCAUGCUUCUAGUGUGGAGCUCGUACCGAGCUUGGUCCACGUUCCCUGUCCCUCUGCAGAGCUGUCCUGCUCGUGCAGAGCUGGGAGCGCAUCACUCUGGCCACUUUCUUCCUCUCCUUCGUGAGAGAGCACUUCAAAGAUGUUCAACAUCUGUCUGGCUUGGCCUCUUUCCUCACAGAGCGCAGUGCUGGGAGCAGAGCCCUGCAGCUAUCGGCGUGCGCUGAAUUGCCCUUUGUCUGCUCGCCUCUCUGCGGCCAGCUGGUAACCAGAGCAGAGCGCCUGCAUGGCUGGCUGCGGCCAGACGGCAGCCGGACAGCGGAACGCUGGUGCUGUCCCCAGCAGCCACACUGAGCGCUGUCUGCAGGUCCCCCAGGCACUGAGGCUUGUUGUUUGGAGGGAGGACGCUCAGAUUUUCCAGCGCCGCUGGAAGCUGCAGCAUGGGUUUGCUCACUCGUGUCUUUUUCUCAAUGAGCUCCGGCUUCACAGCUGGGUGGGGCUCGGGGCUAGUGGCUUGCUUCCUCCCUGCAAAGAGAUGCUUCCAGCCAUCCAGAGCCACCCCGUGGCCGCUAUCAGGCCUUGUGGUCAGCCACUGCAAUUUCCAGUUUUGAUUUCGGCUGGCAAGUGUAGAUGCUGCAUCCUCUGUGCUGUGCUCAAGCUGCUGUGUUCAUUCCCUGUUCCAGAGCAGUUUUUUGCUAGGUAAUAUCUGAGUAUGUGAGGUAGAGUCGUGGUCCUAAGGAGAGAGGGUUUGAGGAAAGCCUGGAAAUAGUCCACGUGUUCUGCUCUGGGAUGUUCCUGCUGCAUGGUUAAGGCUUAGGGCAUGUCCCAAAACAGCAGAUCAGGAGGGAUGCAAAGAAACACCUGAGCUGCCCAAAGAAGCUGCUUGCUGUCCAGCUUUUUGACAGCAGAGUCCCUAGUCUGGAUGCUGUGAGAUGCCUCUGUGUGCAGGCUGGACGUGCAGCAGCCUCAACUGGCAGCCCAUGGAGCUGUGUUUGGCCCAAAGCAGCCCUCUCCGCAUGGUUGCUGGGAGGUGGGAGCCUUAGAGCACCAAACCUCUUUGAAUGUAGGUGUGGGAGUAGCCAAGAUUGAUGAGCUCUACAAGGGAUUGUGCUUUGGAAGAUGUUUCUCCUCAUGCUCACUUUCAUCUGUCUAGAGACCAGUGUGAGCAGCAGUGCUUCCCCACUGCUCUCUGCCCAUCCAUGUGCUCUAGGUGUGCCCUCCUUUCUCUGUCCUGCAGCGGUGGGGGCUCAGGCAGCGAUCCGUUUUGCCAAGGAGCCGUACUCACAGGAUGCCCUGCAUGGCCGCAGUGCCAUCCUCCGCUGUGAGGUGGAGGAGCCAGCCCACGUGGAAUUUGAGUGGCUGCAGAACGGGCUCCCCAUCCAGGACACGGAGCAGCGCUUCAAGGAAGGCAGCAACCUCCAGUUUGCUGCUGUCGACCGGCAUCGGGAUGCUGGGAGCUUCCAGUGCGUGGCGAGGAACGUGCAGACCGGGGAGGAGGCUCGCACAGCCAACGCGUCCUUCAAUAUCAAGUGGAUCGAGACGGGCGGCGUGGUGCUGAAGCAGCCGAGCAGCGCAGCUGAGAUCCAGCCCUCCUCCACGGUGGUGCUGCGGUGUCACAUCGACGGCCACCCGCGCCCCACGUGGCAGUGGUUUCGGGACGGCGCUCCGCUCCCCGACGGCCGCGGCACCUAUUCUGUCAGCAGCAAGGAGCGGACCCUCACCCUGCGCAGCGCCAGCCCCGAUGACAACGGUCUCUACUACUGCUGUGCCCGCAGCGCCGUUGGCUCCGUGUGCAGCCAGGACAACUUCACACUGAAUAUCAUCGAUGAGAGCUUCCCCCAGGCGGUGAUCGUCCCGCAGGACCUCAUCGUGACCAAGAAUGAAGAGGCCAUGUUUGAUUGCCAGUUUGCAGCCGUGCCCCCUCCCACGCAGGAGUGGCUCUUUGAAGACAGCCCCAUCACCAACAGAUCCAAGUCUGCUUUUCCCCUCAUGCCCAGGACAACUGUGUUUGCCAAUGGCUCCCUGCUGAUCACCCAGGUGAAGGCCCGCAGCACCGGUGUCUACAAGUGCAUUGGCCAUGGGCAGAAGGGGAAAGCUCUCGUGCUGAAGGCGACUCUGCGGCUGGCAGAGAUCGAAGAGAUGGCACCCUUCUCCCCGAAGGUGUUGACGGCGAACCAGGGGCACCGUGUGUCCUGUGCUGCCCCGCGGGGUGUACCCACACCCCAGGUCUGGUGGGAGAGAAACCAGGAGCGGGUCCCCUCUGCUGGCAGGGUGUACCAAGAGGCAGAGCAGCUCAUUUUCACCAGCAUCACCGAGGCAGAUGCAGGGACCUAUACGUGCCAUGCUGCCAACAAGGCUGGAGAGAAGAAACAGGAGCUGAGCAUCACCGUGGCUACCGUACCCAAGUGGGUGGAGAUGCCCAAGGACAGCCAGCUGGAGGAGAGCAAGCCAGGAUACCUGCAUUGCCUCAGCAAGGCUUCCCUGAAACCUACAGUCACCUGGUACCGCAACGGCGUUUCUAUCUCCGAGGACUCACGCUUUGAAAUCUCAGAGAACGGAACGCUGCGCAUCAACAACGUGGAGGUGUAUGAUGGGACUAUGUACAAGUGUGUGAGCAGCACGCCGGCAGGCAGCAUCGAAGGAUACGCACGGGUACACGUGCUAGAGAAGUUAAAGUUCACCCCUCCACCCCAGCCACUGCAGUGCAUGGAGUUCAACAAGGAGGUUACAGUGUCCUGCUCAGCCACUGGCCGGGAAAAACCCACCAUCCAGUGGACUAAAACAGAUGGGAGCAGCCUGCCAUCCCAUGUCAGCCACAGAGCUGGCAUCUUGUCCUUCCACAAGGUGAGCAGGAGCGACUCAGGAAACUACACGUGCAUUGCCUCCAACAACCCACAGGGUGAGAUCCGUGCCACCGUGCAGCUGGUGGUGGCAGUUUAUGUCACCUUCAAGCUGGAACCGGAGCCCACAACUGUGUACCAGGGGCACACAGCCAUGUUCCAGUGCCAGGCAGAGGGGGACCCUGUGCCACAUAUCCAGUGGAAAGGGAAGGACAAGAUUUUGGAUCCCAGCAAGCUUCUGCCCAGGAUUCAGAUCAUGCCCAAUGGCUCCCUGGUCAUUUACGAUGUCACCACCGAGGACUCUGGAAAAUACACCUGUAUUGCCGGCAACAGCUGCAACAUCAAGCACCGCGAGGCCUUCCUCUAUGUUGUAGACAAGCCAGCAGCAGAAGAAGAUGAGGGACUCGGCAGCCACACGCCCUACAAAAUGAUCCAGACCAUCGGGCUGUCAGUGGGAGCAGCUGUCGCCUACAUUAUUAUCGUGCUGGGGCUGAUGUUCUACUGCAAGAAGCGGAGGAAAGCCAAGAGGCUGAAGAAGCACCCUGAGGGCGAGGAGCCUGAGAUGGAGUGUCUGAACGGUGGUACUUUGCUGCAGAAUGGGCAGACGACAGCGGAGAUCCAGGAGGAGGUGGCCUUGACCAACCUGGGCAGCAGCUCUGGGGCCAGCAAGCGGCACAGUGCCACUGACAAGAUGCACUUCCCCCGUUCCAACCUGCAGACAAUCACUACCUUGGGUAGGGGGGAAUUUGGUGAAGUCUUCCUGGCCAAGGCAAAAGGUGCAGAGGAUGGUGAGGGUGAAGCGCUGGUGCUGGUGAAGAGCCUGCAGACAAGGGAUGAGCAGCUGCAGCUGGACUUCAGGCGCGAGGCAGAGAUGUUUGGCAAGCUGAACCACGCCAACGUGGUGCGGCUGCUGGGGCUGUGCCGUGAGGCUGAGCCGCACUACAUGGUCCUGGAGUAUGUGGACUUGGGGGACCUGAAGCAGUUCCUGAGAAUCUCCAAGAGUAAGGAUGAGUCCCUGAAGCCACAGCCCCUCAGCACCAAACACAAGGUGUCUCUCUGCACGCAGGUGGCCCUGGGGAUGGAGCACCUCUCCAACGGCAGGUUCGUGCACCGGGACUUGGCGGCCAGGAACUGCCUGGUGAGCGCCCAGAGGCAGGUCAAGGUCUCAGCCCUGAGUCUCAGCAAGGACGUGUACAACAGCGAGUACUACCACUUCCGCCAGGCCUGGAUCCCGCUGCGCUGGAUGCCGCCCGAAGCCGUGCUGGAGGACGAGUUCUCCACCAAGUCAGACGUGUGGUCCUUCGGGGUGCUCAUGUGGGAGGUGUUCACGCAGGGGGAGAUGCCGUACACCCCGCUGGCGGAUGAUGAGGUCCUAGCGGGUCUGCAGUCAGGAAAGACGAAGCUCGCACAGCCCGAGGGCUGCCCUUCACGCCUCGCCAAGCUGAUGCAGCGCUGCUGGGCACCCAGCCCCAAGGACCGACCCUCCUUCAGCGAGCUCGCAGCCGCCCUCGGGGACAGCCCAGCUGACAGCAAAGCCUGAGCACCUUGCUGGGGAAGGAUGCGGCGGGGCGGGCGGGGGCUCUGCGGCUGCCCCCAGUGCUCCCGCAGCCUUCGCUGAGCCUGACCCCAACACACGGCACCAGCGGCUGCUGGACUCAAAGCACAAGCCAGUGUACUCCCCCCACACACCCCCUCUCCUCCACGGGUCCAAAAAGCCCGCGGGCUGCUGGCACCGGGCUCUCCCUCCCCGCUCGCCACGUGCAUAUCUGUCCGUCCGUCUGUGCUAGGCAUGCCUGCGGGCAUGGGCCCGCCAUCAGGAACACGAAGUGCCUGGCAUAUGAAGGAGACGCUCCACCACCUUUCCCCACAUCCCUUCCCCGUGCCUUUUUUUGUACGACUCCUGGGGGCAGCGCUCUCCUCCUCCUCCCCCCUCCCUGGCGCGCUGCCUCCUCCCCACCAUAGUAUUUCUGUUACUGGAACGCAGCCUAGAGUGGGUUAGUUUGUUUGCUUGAGCGGAGGGUACCGCAGCCAAGAAUGGUUGGGUUUUGUUGGGUUUAUAUGUGCUGCUCUCAAUAAA